CUCUAUAUGGACCGGCGCUGCGUGUACUACCGGAAGCCGCUGCUGGAGUCGGGCACGUUGGGCACGAAGGGCAACGUGCAGGUGGUGAUCCCGUUCCUGAGCGAGUCCUACAGCUCCAGCCAGGACCCCCCCGAGAAGGCCAUCCCCAUCUGCACCCUCAAGAACUUCCCCAACGCCAUCGAGCACACGCUGCAGUGGGCGCGGGAUGAGUUCGAGGGACUCUUCAAGCAGCCGGCGGAGAACGUCAACCAGUACCUG